AUGUCUCGCCACCUAAUUAUCUGCAUCGAAUUUGGGCCACCUGCCCGGGCUGCUCCCUCUUCCACCUCAGCCCCGGCCUCGCCCGCCCAGCCCUCGCUGGCCAUGACCCCGCCGUCGAACCGUCCCGGCGAAGGUUCGAGCUCCCGAGUCCCGUCAAUUUCUCAGUCGCCUGCUUCGACGAACGGGGCUCGGGAGCCCGACCUGGAGCCGGGGACGGUCGGCGGGGGCCCUCGCCAGCCUGGGCAGGGCGUGGUCGUGAUGGGGCCGGAGGUGGGGGAGCCGCCCUGGCGGGUGGCCAUCUAUGUCGGUAACUAG